AUGUUUGAGAUGAAGAGAGCAAUUGACGCCUUAGUUGUUUUAGCAGGUAAGGUUUCAGAAUAUAACGCAAAAAUGAACCCGCAAUGUUCUAAAUGUAAAGCAGCAAUUAGGAAAUAUAACUACUCCGUCAAAGAGAUAGAACGUAUGAGAAACGACUAUGCAGACUUAAAGAAAGAAGCAGAAAAGCCAGCAGAAGAUAAAAUGGACAUGUUAGAAUUUCUGAACAAAAACUAUCCAACAGCAGAAGAUUUCCUUCUAUCUGACGUCAAGAAGAAGUAUAAAGAAACUUUCGGUAUCGUUAAAACAUUCGAUGUACUAAAAGAAGAAAUAGAAGCUACGAAACUGUUUAGAGUCUCACGAAUUCAUAACGUUUACCAUGUGAAACGUUUAUAA